GCCAUAUAUAAAGCACACUGACUGCAUGCAUUUAUAGCAUACUCUUCCUGCCGGCGCUCACAUUUCUGUGUCACAUAGCCUUCCAUUGGCCGACAAGGGCGCCUAAGGUCCCACCUUAUCUAGAAGAUGCCUGUCCGUGGUAACGCAACUGGCUGGCGCCGUCGCGCUCUUCGCCUUGUGGAGCUCUGCUUGCGCCUAGAUGCGGAGCAUGUGCUCAGCAGGGCUAUGAAGCGGUGGCCCGUUGCGGCGCUGCUGGAGGCCACCGAGGAGUGGGAUGCCAGCCGGUUCGCGGCAGUUGCCCGAGACUGGCGCCUCAAGAAGGUUGCUCGGCUGCUGGAGGCCCGCGGCCACCGCUUCGCCGUGCAGUGCUGCGCCGAGUGGGAGCCCGAGUUCCUGACGGUGGUGCUGCCGCAAGUGAGCCUCGUCACCGCGCGCCACGUGCUGGCCGGACUGUACUUCCGCUCCGAAGACAAGGACCUCAGCCCCUAUGAGUGCCGCCUCAUCGUGGAGGCCUUCCCGCCGAGUGUGCGCCGCAAGCUGCUGCGCAAGUUUGAGGAGCGCGACGUGUCUCGCGUGCUGCGCGCUGAGGAGGGCGACGAGGACGAGGACGACGAGGAGGAUUCGGAGGACGAUGAGGACGGUGAGGACUCGUCUGACAGCCUGGACGACUUCAUUGUGGACGGGGAGACGGACGGCGAGGCUGAUGCGGACGGCGAUGAAGACGCGGAUGAGGAGAUGCAGGGGGUGGAGGGAGAUGACGUGGAGGAGGGAGAUGAUGACGAGGAUGAUGACGAUGAGGAGGAGGAGGAGAGCGAUGAUUAGGCGCGGGGGAGAGGGCAAUCAAGCAGUGCUAUUUGGGUGCGCGGGAAUGGCUGUCACAGCUUGCAGGCGGUAGGUGUAGACAGGAAACAGAGCGGUGGCUUGGCUAGGCAGAAGGGCUGCGCAGGAUGCUAUAGAUGAGGCUUAGCUCAUAUCAACCCGCGUCAGCAUAUAGGUAGGCGGUGUUUGUAUCUUCGGAGCAGGAUGACAUGGCGGGCACAUGACAUGAACCGUGGGGUACGCGAGGCAUAUACAGGUUUACGCCCUUGGCGUUUACGCCAUGAUGUCUGCAAAGUAAAUCAAGACCACCGGAUAACAGUGCGUGUAACUCAUGAUUUGUG